CGAAAAAUAGUUUGCCAAGCGAGAGCGCACGUUGAACACGUCUCUCGCUAGCCGCAUUUUAUUCUGUCUCCAAUCGGUUGAAGUACCUGGUCUAGUUUUCCACUCGAAGAUGAGGAAAUCAGGGGGUGGACUCCAGGCCCCGCCCACCGAAAACGGGGUGGAUGGCGUCAGCUCCUCCGUCCGCCUGCUGAAGAUCCCCCGUGCCGCCCCCGCGAUGGAGAACUACGGAUUCCAGCUGACCCGCAGCAAGUGGGACCCCUAUCCCUGGGUAUGCGAUGUGGCCGCCGGCACACCUGCCGCACUCUGCGGCCUCAAACCCGGCGACUGCGUUCUGGAGGUAAAUGGCCUAGAUGUUUUAGGCUUGCGAGUUGCCGAAAUUGCCAAAAUGGUCAAAAGCCAAAAGGAUGGCGUCACAAUUCUCUGCUGGAACAGUGAAUGUGAAAAGGACUGUGAUAUUAACAGCAUCUGCUGUGCCCCCAUGCCCACCAGCCUGCGUCGCCUGUCCCUAGUCCUGGAGAGCAUCCUGCGCCUGGUCGAGUGUCCUGUUUGCGGGGUGACCAUCUCUCCGCCGGCGAUGCAGUGCCAAAAUGGACACCUGCUCUGCGUGGACUGCCGCAUCCGCUCGGAGCGUUGUCCUGUCUGCCGGGAUUUCUACACGCCCCGACGAGCUCUUCUGGCGGAGCAGAUUUUCCUGACCAUCGCCAACGCCUUCGAGAUGUGCCGCUCGGAGGAUAAGCUGCGGCAGAAGCUCUUUGCCGGGAUAACUCGGCCAGUCGCCGGAAGACAGGACCGGACCAGCAGGAUUGCCGGACAGGACACCUGGCAAAAGCGCAGACCAGUGCUGCCCACAAACAGGUUCCUAACCAAGUUGCUGGAGGGCUGCGCCUACUCGAUGGACAACCUCUCCCCCGCGAAUGCGGCCACCCUGCUGCGAACAUCGCCGCUGACAGCCACGCCCCCCGAGAGGACAGCAACGCAUGCCAGGAAUGACGGGAUGGCGGGGCAUCCUUCACUCUCGCCGAAUGAUUUACAGCGGGAAGGAGUUAAGCCGAAUGCCGAGGGCGAUGACGAGGACGAGGAGGAGGACAAGAACGAGGACGAGAACGAGGAAUCCGGAACGGACAGCAGCCUCAGCUCCGCCGCAUCUUUGCAACCACCCAUCAAUGAAUCUUUCGGGAUGCAACCCUGGCGCAUACCUCUUGUCACUCCGAGCCAAGAUUUGCCGCAGCAGGUUGUUCAAACUAAGCCGGCCUCGCUGAUGUACCGCUGUCCCUGCGAGCGGCAGGAUCCGGAGGAUCCUUCGCAUUCAAGGGACCUGCAUCAGGACUGCUGCUACAAGUCCGCCAUCCGUUUGCUUUGAGCCCGGGCAUCUCAAUCAACGGAAUCCUCUUAGGUCAGCCCCUCCGCCCUCCACUCUCCUCACUAAUUAAAUUAAACGCCAGUUGCUCGGCCAAAGUUGCUUAUCGCGUCGGGAAAUGAACCCGCCAAAGGAAUUGAAUGGGUGUCGGAGCUGGACAAAGGCUUAAGAUGGAAAUGCAAAGAAGUUGGUCUAGAGAUACUGCAGCGAAAGGUUCAACUUGGCCAAGUUGAGUUCUAAUUUAAUCACUCCUGAACGCUCCAAUGACUUUCUGUCAUUUUGCUUCGGAGCUGUGCUGCUCGAUAAUGAACUUCGGGCAGUCCGGAAUGAAAAGGUUUGUUUGACAUAUAAGUGACUUGGAUUCACUCAGAAAAUAUACAGAUUUGUUGAAUCGA